UCAAAGCACUGUGUGAAUGAUUGCCUGGCUUGCGGCCCAUGUAGCCCAUUUUGACAAUAAUUUACGGGAUUGGUCUUUGCUUAGAGAUGCACUCGCAACAGUGAGCGUGGACCACUUAGUAACAACAUUGUGGAGAGACUCCCUCAUUGGAAUACGACAAUAAUCAUAUUUUAUUGAGCUCCUAAACAGAUUAUUAUCACUCAAGAGUGGUGUGGAGGCAAAGACUGUGGAUGGGAAAAGGCAGAAGAGCAGUGAACCGAACCUGAGGUGUGGUACACCGUUGACUCAGUCUGAGGACUCUAACAAAAUUUCACUGUACAGACAGGAAGCUAUAGUAAAAUUUCAGUUUGUGUCUCACACUGCAAGAAUUCAAUCAUUGAAGUUGCAUGACCUCUUUACAGAGUUUACCUUCCAAUUUCUUCAUCAUGGCCAAUCAGCCUUUACAGCUGUCACAGGAGACUUUAGCUCAGUUCAAUCGCUCCCUUGCCACAGAAACAGGCACCUCAGGGCCUCCAAGAAGACGUCUGGCCUCCAUCUCCACCCGCCGAAGCUCCAAAGACCAAUCUAAGGACCAGCCCCACCACAGACCCCUGUUCCUCAGGGGCAUGACAGGUCUCUCGUCAGAGUCAUCCUUCCUAAGCCCCAACGUCAGCACUUCUCACAUCUCCAUCGGCAAGCGGUUCUCUUUCGCCGGCUGGCACCAGGGAGGAAGAGUGAGCUUCUCUGGACUCUACCUUCCCCAACCCAUCCAAGAAGUCUAUGUGGAGAACACCUACAGAAUGGGACCGGAACCAGGGUGCCACUUCAGCGCCAGCAGGACCCAGCAGAUAUUACAGGCCACUUUGGAUAGUUUUUUGGAAGGUGUGAGUUACAGUCCUGACAGUUGUAGCCAACUGUGUCAGAUGUUAGCAGAUCUAGUUCUCAGUAAGCUAAAAGAUGUCAAUCCGCCACGAUAUAAACUCGUGUGCCAGGUGGUGGUCGGGCAGAAUGAUAAACAAGGUAUAAGGGUGGCCAGCUGUGGCCUGAUCAACCCCAACACUGACAACUUCACAUCUGCUGUUUUCCAAAAUCACUCACUGUUUGCUGUGGCUAUGGCACAUGGUAUGUAUUUUGAAUGAAAGUUAAAUCAACAUCUCUUAUUUUGUGUGUACAACAUGCACACCUUUAAAAAUUCAAGACAAAUAAAUACUGGUCACAUAAUUGCACAAAAUACAGCACUGGUCAUCUGGGUUGGAAUAUUAUGUUCUUAAAAUCUUUUUGAAAGAAGUCUCGCUUGGUAAAUUGGUGGCUGUGAAAAUAAAUCUGCAUUGUUUAUCCUUUUAUUUCAUUAGAAAAAUAUAGACCUCUUAUCAUUGAAUGCUACAGUUCACUCUAUUUGUGUUGAUUAACUGAACGUGCUCCUCCUGAACUUUGUCAAUAAAACAUCAUUAAAUGUUUUUCUCCUAUGCAUGUUGGCCACAAUUAUUAGCACCCCUAUAAAUUCCAAUGAGUAAAAUAUCUCUGAAGUAUAUUCCCAUUCAGAUUUCUUUUUUAAGCGCACCAGGGUGACUAGGAGAAUGAAAUUGUCCAGCAAUGACUUCCUGUUCCACAAAAGUAAAUAUGAGGAAACACAAAGGCCAAAUUCCCUUAAUCGUUCAUCACAAUGAGUAAAACAUGGGCAUGGUCAUGGUCUUUGAAUA